AUGCCAUCCUACGUCAUCUCCGGAGCCUCAAGAGGCAUUGGUUGGGGGUUCCUGAGCCAGCUAUCUAGCUCUCCAUCCAACACCGUCAUCGGCCUCGUCCGCAGCAAACCUGCAACCGAUCAAAGGGUCGCAGAGGAGCUAGACGGUCGCUCUAACGUGCAUAUCCUCCAAGCAGACAUCACCGACUAUGCCGCACUCCAGGAGGCAGCCGCUGCCACUGCGAAGAUUACCGGCGGUGGCCUUGACUACCUCAUCGGUAAUGCCGGUCUUGUCGUGCAAGAGCUGGACCCUAUCGGUGUCAUGGACGAAAACCCCUCAGAAUUCGAAAAGACCCUCCUCGACAGCUUCAAGACGAACUGCAUCGGAAACAUCCACCUGUUCAGCACCUUCACCCCGUUGAUCCUCAAGGGGACUGUCAAGAAAGUCAUUUCCAUUUCCAGCGGACUGGCAGCCACAGAAUUCGCCAUUAAAUGGGACUUCGCAAUAAGCCCUGCGUAUGCAAUCAGCAAAGCGGCCCAGAACAUGGCGACGGCCAAGUUCAGCAUGCAGUACGCUAAACAGGGGGUGCUGUUUAUGAAUAUCUGUCCAGGGCUGGUUGACACGGGGCAUACUACUGAUUUGACGGAUGAAGAGCAGGCCAAGAUUGCGCCGAUGGUACAGGCAUUCCAGCAGUUUGUCGGUCCUUCUUUCCAGGGUCCUAGGCCUGUGGAGGAUACGGUUCUGGAUAUCCUUGCUGUGAUUGAGAAGUCGAGUGUUGAGAAUGGGGAUGGGGGGACUUUUGUCUCUCAUAAGGGCGAUACUGAGCACUGGGUUUCUUAG